AUGACUGAUCAGGUUCCAAUUCCCAUUGCUAUCAUUGGCAUGGGAUGUCGUCUGCCCGGUGGUUCAGAUAACCCAGACAAACUCUGGGACAUGCUUUCAGAGGGACGAAGUGGCUGGCGUGAAAUUCCUGCAGACCGGUGGAACAAGGACUCAUUCUAUCAUCCUGAUCCCGAGGCCAAGGAGGCCGUCAACUUCAAGGGCCUAUACUUCCUCGAUCAGGACAUCGCCGCUUUUGACGCUCGCUUUUUCAACAUCCAUCCUCAUGAAGCCCAUUGUCUCGACCCACAACAGCGCAUCUUGCUGGAGACGACAUACGAGGCCCUUGAGAAUGCCGGACAGACGAUUGCUGGAAUCAAAGGUUCCGAUACCUCUGUCCACGUCGGAGCUUACGCUACCGACUUCGAACGUAUGGGUUACAAGGACACUGCAAGGACACCUAAGGCCCAUAUGAUCGGCACUGGAAUUGCAAUUCUUUCCAAUAGGAUAUCAUAUGUCUUUGAUCUUCACGGCCCAUCCAGCACAGUUGACACUGGAUGUUCAGGUAGCAUGGUGGCCUUGCAUCAGGCAUGUCAUGGACUCCGAGCGAGAGAGUCAAAGAUGGCCAUCGUUGCUGGAACCCAGCUGGUCCUCACCCCUGACCAGAUCAUCCCGAUGAGCAGUGUCGGCAUGACGAACCCAGAUGGCAAAUGCUACGUCUUUGACAGUCGUGGCUCUGGAUACGCACGAGGCGAGGGUGUCGUCACUCUGAUCCUUAAGCGUCUUGAUGAUGCGGUCAGAGACGGCGACAAAGUACAUGCCAUCAUUAGGAACUCUGGCCUGAACCAGGACGGCAAAACGGUCGGCCUCACGCUGCCGAACCCCAUCGCUCAGGCAAAUCUUAUGCGACUCGUAUACAAGAAUGCCGGUCUUGACCCGGCAGAUACAGUAUAUGUUGAGGCGCAUGGAACAGGAACCCAAGCUGGUGAUAACGCAGAAAUAUCGUCCAUCGCGGAGGUAUUCUGCCCCGGAGGCCAACGUGAGAACGGUCUCUAUGUCGGUUCUAUCAAGUCAAACAUUGGCCACCUGGAAGCUUCCAGCGGUGUUGCAGGGCUUCUGAAGGCCAUUUUGAUAUUGAAGCAUGGAGCAAUUCCCCCUAACAUCGACUUUAUCGAGCCCAAGCCUGUGUUGCAUCUGGAAGAACGCAAGAUCAAGAUUGCAACCAAGACGGUUCCCCUUCCCUCCUCGACUGCCCCCCAGCGUGUGUCAGUCAACUCUUUCGGCUAUGGUGGCACUAACGCCCAUGUCAUCUUGGAGGCGCCGUCUACCUACGUCAAACCGGAGGAACAGCCAGAAGACACACGGGCUUCGGCGACGGCCAAUGGUGUGAAUGGAAACCAGAACAAAACAAAUGGCGCCAACGGACACGUUGAGAUGCAAGAAACAGCUUCCCCUGACCUUGGAGACAACGGAAUCAACGGGACCACCGAGGCCAACGGAUCCAACUGGUCUAAGGAGACUAGCGGAGCCAACGGGACUAAUGGGAUGCAUGAAAUCCAAGAAAGCACGCCCAAAGCAGAAACCAAUCAUGGGUAUAACCCUCAGCUUUUUGUCUUGUCAGCUCGGUCAGAGGCUUCACUCAAAGCUAUGGUGUCCAACCUACGAGGAUGGGUAUCUUCCCAUGAGGAUACUUCCUCGCUCUCCGAUCUCGCUUACACUCUCUCAACGCGUCGAUCAGAGCUACACUUCCGCUUCAGUGCGGCGGCGGGCAGCCACGGCGAGCUCGUUUCUCUGCUCGGCCAGAGCCCCCGCAUCACCAAGGCCGUCACCAAUUUCCGCUCCGUGUUUCUCUUCACGGGUCAGGGAGCACAGUGGCACGCCAUGGGUCUGGAGCUCACCAGAGACCAUCCGGUCUUCAGAGAGUCGAUGCUCCGGUCGGAGAGGAUCCUCAAGCAACUCGGGGCAGAAUGGAGCUUGGUCGAAGAGCUUUCCAGGGACGAGGACAGCACGCGGGUUGGGCAGGCUGAGAUUUCUCAACCGUCUACCACGGCGAUUCAGAUCGCACUGGUGGACCUUCUCAAGAGCUAUCACGUCUUCCCUGAUCUUGUUCUUGGCCACAGCAGUGGCGAGAUAGCUGCCGGCUAUGCGGCCGAGGCCCUGGACCACGAAACUGCGCUUGAGAUAUCGUAUAGGCGCGGUUUUAUGUCACAGGCCUGCGCACGUGUCAUCUCGGGCGGCGGUGCCAUGAUGGCCGUCGGCUUGGGCGAAGAGGAUGUCAAGAAAUACGUCGACCAGACCCGGACGGGGAUCGUCUGCGUUGCGUGUGUCAACUCUCCCGUCAGCACCACCAUCUCUGGCGACGAGUCUGCCAUCGACGAGCUGAAGCAGAUUCUCGAUGAGGAGUCCAUCUUCAACCGCAAGCUGAAGGUGGACACGGCGUACCACUCUCAUCACAUGAAAAAGGUCGCAGCCGAGUAUCUCGAGUCCAUCGCGCACAUCAAGACGCGCACCCCAAACCCUGCCAUCAAGUUCUACUCUUCCGUCCUCGUUGCACACAAGACAGGAGAUUUCGACGCCCAGUAUUGGGUCGACAACCUAGUAUCCCCCGUCCGUUUCGGCAACGCUCUCGAGCUCCUCUGCCGCAAAGAGCUUGCGGAUAUCGAGCCGGCACCACUCACCUUGUUCACCGAGAUCGGUCCCCACGGUGCCUUGGCGGGCCCUGUCAGACAGACGAUCAAGGCUCUCGAUUUGCCUGGCUUCAAAUCAAACUACCUACCCACUCUGGCACGAGGCCGCGAUGCCUCUAUCAGCCUCCUGGAAACGGCAGGCAAGCUGUUUGAGUUUGGAUAUCCAGUAUCGCUGCGAGCAACGUUGAGCGCACGAGUUGCAACAAAGCCUGCUGCGUUGGUUGAUGACCUUGCCCCAUACCCUUGGGAUCAUUCGACCAGCUAUCUCUACGAGUCCAGCCUCAGCAAGCAGCAUCGCUUCCGGGCGCACCCACCACACGAUCUCCUUGGCUUACGAGUUACCGGGACUACCAACCAGGAGCCUACGUGGCGCAACCUUCUUGGCGUGGAAAGCCUUCCGUGGCUUAGAGAUCAUGUUGUCGAUGGCUUCGCCAUCUUCCCCGCGUCGGGCUAUAUCUCCAUGGCCAUAGAAGCAGUGCGUCAAAUCAGCAUCGACAGACAUAUCCAGGGCGUCAUCUCUCGGGUCCACCUGAAAAACAUAUCCUUUUCCAAGUCGAUUAUUAUCCCGGAACGUCGCACAGACGGGCUGACAUCCGACGUCGAGGUCCUCCUCACGUUGAGACCCGCGAGACACUUGGCCGACCGCACGUGGGAGUCGUUCCGCAUCAUGGCUUUAUCCCCGGAGGAUGUCUGGCACGAGCAUUGCUCCGGACAUAUCAUGGUUGAGUGGACAUCCAAAGAGGACGAGGUCGAGGGACUCCGCGAAGAGAACAUGACCACUUCGGGCCGUCUCAAGCACCUCCAAGACAUCGUAGAUGCAUGCGACACUCAAAUAAGCGGCGACGACCUUUACAAGAACUUCGCUGACAACGGUAACGUCUACGGUCCUACUUUUGCAUGCAUACAGUCGGGAAAGCUCGGUCCGCGUGGAGCCAUUGCUGAAAUCACUGUUCCUGACGUGAAGAGCAUGAUGCCUCGGAAGUACCAGCAGGAGCACAUUAUUCAUCCGUCUUCCCUCGAUAACGUCUUCCAACUGGGCAUUCCCCUGUACCGGAGAACCAUCGGGAACGGCCCCGUGAUGCCCAUAAGCAUCGACGAGCUGACCAUCAAAUGCAACAUCGGGAGCAACCCUGGUACCAAGUGGACUGUGUCUUCCACCGUGCGCCAAAAAGGCUUCCGGUUUGCUGGCAUUGAUAUCGCAGUCUUUGAAGAGACGGCCGAAGGUGCACCCCUGCUGCCAGUCCUAGACAUUCGCGGGGGGGCUCUUCGCGGGAUCGGCGAAGCGCCGGUUGACGAGGCUACACUUCCGUUCCAUCGCAAGAUGAGCUAUGCUCUCAGAUGGCAACCCGACGUCGACCUCGUUCCGUUUCAGGAAGAGAGCAAAAUUUUCCUGUUGGUUGAGUAUCUUGAACUCCUGGCCUUCAAGCAGCCACAUAUGAAAAUCCUGGAGGUGGGAUCAGGCGUUCAAGGCGGCGUGACGCUGCCAUUGUUCCAAGCGCUUGAUCGUCCGGAAGGUUUACUGCUCGACCGAUACACUUACUGCUAUCCCAACACCCAAAGCGAGUCCUUGGGGCAGUUCAAGACGCUCCUUGACAGAUGGGCCGAUCGUGUCGAUUACAAGACUCUGGAUGUCUCAAAGGAUCUUGCUCAACAAGGCUUUCAGGAAGGCACCUACGACCUCAUCAUUGCUUCGCACGUGUUGAACGGAGCCAGCUUUGUUGAUGAGAGUCUGGCGAGCUGGCGAAAGCUCUUGAGCCCUCGGGGACGGGUCGUUCUUGGCGCCCUACCAGUCGAAGAUGGGCAACAGGACAUUGAUGCCUCGUCCGAGGGCGACUGGCACGCACGCUUUAAGCACCACGGCUUCCAGGGGGUUCUUCCGGAUCAUGAUGGCCCUCCCGCACGACCCAAGAUGAUUGUUGGCAUGGCCGUUGAUACACGGCCUUCGGCGCGAGAAGAUUUCCCUUCGGUCCGCAUCGUCUGCCAAUCUCGCGCAGACGACCAGUUUGUAUCUCUCGCAGACACGAUACUGUCUCGUGUGAGGAGCGAAGGGUUUCCCUGUUCCCUGGAUGACUGCCUACCUGAGCAAGUCGACGUCGAUGCCAUCCACAUCGUCCUUGAUGACGCGGCAGACCCUAUCCUUGCUUCGCCAACUGCCGAAGAGUUCACUCGGAUUGUCUCCCUCGCCACGAGAGCAAAGAACAUACUCUGGGUCGGCUGUCAAGCAAGCGGUGCCGACGUCCAUAGCCCUGUCAAGGGCAUGAUCAAUGGCCUCGCCAGAGUCGUGCGACGAGAGAAUGCGGGCAUGCGAUUCGUCACUGUCGAUGUACAAGACGACAUCCUGUCGAGCCCGGCGACCCUGGUUUCUCAGCUUUCAAAUAUCAUCAACAGGUCAUUUACCACCCCUAUCAGCACGGCACGAUCCGAUGAGGACGAGUAUACCUUCAGCAAUGGCCAGCUCCUCAUCCCCCGAGUUCAUGCCGACGCCAAGUUUGACGACUGGGCCAAGAAGUCCAUAUAUGCCCAAAGCAUAGAGACAGGACCCUUCCAGCAAGCAGACCGACCCCUCAAGCUCGAGGUUGAGACUCCGGGGCUCCUUAGCAGUCUCCGGUUCGUCGACGACGAAACUCCCUCGAAGCCCCUUGGGCCGUUCGAGCUGGAACUUGAGGCCAAAGCCUACGGCGUCAACUUCAAGGACGUCUUCAUCGCCAUGGGGCAGAUGGUGCCCGGCGUCACGAUGGCCGGCGAGUGUGCCGGCGUCGUUCGCAAGGUCGGCUCUGCCGUCGCCGACAAGUUCACCGUCGGAGACCGCGUGUGCGGAAUAUUCGCCGAACCCUUCUCGAGCCACCCGCGGGUCGACGGGAACUUCAGCUGUCACCUCCCUGAGAAGAUGCCCUACUCUAUCGGCGCGUCCGUCCCCGUUAUCUUCUGCACUGCGUACCACUGCAUCGUCGAGGUUGCUCGUCUUCAGCGGGGAGAGAGCAUCCUGAUCCACGCCGCUUCCGGUGGUGUUGGUCAGGCGGCCAUCCAGCUUGCUCAGAAGAUCGGGGCUGAGAUCUUCUGUACGGUGGGCAGCAACGCAAAGCGCCAGCUGCUUAUCGACACUUUCGGCAUCCCGCCAGACCACAUCUUCUCUUCCAGGCUUCGGACAUUCAAGCAAGGCAUCCUGCGGCUUACCCGGGGCAGGGGAGUCGACUGCGUCCUGAAUUCGCUGUCGGGUGAAUCGCUCCAUGACUCGUUCGCCGUUCUCGCACCAUUGGGCACAUUUGUCGAGAUUGGCAAGUCUGACAUUUACCGGAAGAACGAGAUCAGCAUGAUUCCGUUCGACAACAGCGUCACCUUUGCGGCCGUGGACCUGACAGUCUUGGCACGGCUCAAGCCAGCCAAGGUGCGAGAAACCCUGGUGAAGGUACUCUCUUUGUUCGAGGACGGGAUUCUGCAGGCCGUGGCCCCCGUGACUGAAAUGCCCAUGACCAAUAUCGAGGAUGCUUUCCGCCUGAUCCAGUCCAGAAAGCAUACAGGCAAAGUCGUCCUCGUCAGCGACCAUGAGACUCAAGUCAAGUUAACCGUGGCACGUCCUCGACCUCUCUGCCUGCUCAAGGAUGGCACGUAUGUCAUCUCUGGAGGUCUCGGAGAUCUCGGAAGGAGGACCGCCAAGUUCUUGGCUGCUCGUGGCGCGGGACAUGUGGUGACCUUAUCUCGGCGGAAGCUCCAGGAGGAAGACCAACAAGAAUUGGAGAAAGACCUCCGCGCGCUCGGAGCAGAGCUGCACAUCAUCCGAUGCGAUGUCACCGAUCGGGAGUCAGUGCUAUCGGCCGCCGCCGAAUGUUCGGCAAACCUGCCCCCAGUACGCGGUGUUGUCCAUGCCGGCAUGGUAUUGAGGGACCAUCCUUUUGAAAUCAUGUCUCACGACGACUACAUGACCGCCAUCAAGCCCAAGGUCCAAGGGACCCAGAACCUGGACGAGGCAUUUGGCGCUUCAGACUCCCUCGACUUCUUCAUCAUGCUGUCGUCCAUCACCGCGAUUCUUGGAAAGUCCGGGCAGUCAAACUACGCAGUCGGCAACGCCUACCAGGAUGCCUUUGCUCACAGCAAAAAGUCGUCAAGCUGCAGGUACAUAGCCCUGAACCUGGGCGCAGUCGACGGCUCGUUGGCGAUCAUCUCGCUCCCCCCUGCGCAGCAAGAGGCCAUGCGCCGGGGAUCCGUCCUCAUGUCGUUCGACGAAGUCUUUGCAGUCUUGGGCUACGCCAUGAGUGCACAGGCGAACGAGGAUGACCUGCACCAGUUGAUUCUCGGGUUCGACCGGAAGUCGAUGGAGGCGGUCCACGACGAAAUGGCCCUUGCGAACCCCAUGUUCAGCCAGGUUCCCCGUCUGGAGCAGAAGGGGGAGCAGACGAAAGAAGACGCCGCGGACAUUGGCAAGUUGCUUCAACAAGCGACCACCCCUAAGGAGGUUGAGGGAAUCGUCGUAGACGGCAUUCGCCAGCGGUUCGCCAUGUUCAUCGCGGCCCCAGUCGAGGACAUCAGCCCGGAUGCUUCCAUGGACAGCUUCGGCCUUGACUCUCUUGUUGCCAUUGAGUUGAAGAACUUCCUCGUGCGCACGUUCCAGGCAACGCUGCAGACAUCCGAGGUUCUCGAUGCUCCCAACAUCAUGACGCUGGCCAGGGUCAUCAUCCUCAGGUCCAAGCUCGUCUCUCAAGACACGGCGGCCGUCGUCGUCCUGGAGAAGGAGGACGCCGGCGUGGUCGAGAGAGCGCUAAAGCCGAUCAUCGAAAGCGCAGCCCCCGGCAUCAACCACAACUUCAAGUGCUGCAGGGCGUCCAAGACGCUCCAAAAGAUGCCUCUUGUUGACUUUGACGUCAUGCUCGACGACUACCUGGACAAGUCGAGGAUGUUCUUCUCCGCCGAGGAGUUCGCGACCCUGGAGAGGGACGUGGCGGAGUUUAGGGAGCCGGACAGCAUCGGUCGGGUGUUCUACAGCCGCCUCCACGAGCAGGCCCACGAUCCAGAGAUCGAGAACUGGCAGGAAAAGUACUUCCUGCAGAGCAUGUACCUGCAGAGGCGCAUGCCACUCGCACCGUUCAACAACUUCAUGGCCUUCCACCCGCUCGGGGAGAUGGGCCACACCCAGGCGGAACGCGCAGCUCUGAUCGCCAAUAUUGCCUUCCAAUGCAAGCAGGAUCUCGAGGCGGACCGAUGGGAGCCGAUGACUUACAUGUUCACGGCCAACUGCACCGAUCUCUGGCAGUACAUCUUCAACACGGCUCGCCUGCCCGGCGUUCCUUUCGACCGGAUGGCAAAGUUCCCUGGCAACGACUACAUGGCGGUGCUCCACCGCGGACACAUCUUCAAAGUCGAACUCAAGGACAGGGGGGAGGAGAACGUGACUGUCGAAGCGUUAACAAAGACUUUCAGCUCAAUCUUGAACCGGCAAGACACUGAGGAUAGCUGGACCAGCAUUCUAAGCACCGACGACCGCACUUCGUGGGCCGAGAACCGGGAAGCUCUGAUGGAGGCCGACGCGGCGAAUAAAGAGACCAUCGACAUGGUAGAAGCUGCUGCUUUCCUUGUCUGUCUCGACGACACAGAGCCUACGGACGCGGAAGACCGGAUCAGGAGUAUGAUGAUGCUCCAAGGCUUCAACCGAUGGGUCGACAAGUCCAUCGCAUUCGUCGUGUGCAAGAACGCAACUUCCGGCACGUAUGUCGAGCAUACCAUGAUUGAUGCAAUGACUCUGUUCGUGAUGCAGACGGCCAUCGUGCAAGGCAUAACGACCUAUAGCCCACCACGACAGGUCAACGGGCACGCGAACGGCGUCGCCAAGGUGCCGAGGGAGUUCCCUCUAAAGACAACGCCGGCUCUGGAUGCGCGCAUCCUCCACGUGCGGCGGCGUUUCGAGGAGGACAUCUCGCAGUUCGGAUACAGGGACAUCGUCCUCGGCGACUUCGGAAAAGACAUGCUCCUCGACCGCCAUCUUCCCAUCAAGGGCAUGUACGACCUGAUGGGCCUGCUCGCCAACUACUACUACUACGGCUACAACGCCCAGUCGUGGGAGGCCGUCUCCAUGUCGCACUACCACAAGGGCCGUCCGGACAUCGUGCAGGUCAACAUCCCCGCCACCGCGCGCUUCUGCACCGCCGCAGAGGACGAGAGCGUGCCGGCGAGCCAGCGGUUCGAGAUGAUGGUCGAGGCCGCCAACGCCCGGAACCAGGUCAUCAAGGACGCGUUUAUGGGCCGCUGCUACCAGCGCACCCUGAGGGCCCUCGAGCUCUGCGCCGAGGAGGGCGAAGAGCUGCCCGGUCUCUUCAAGAACCCGCUCUACGAACAGACCGUGGAGCCGAACCAGAUGUUUUCCAACACGGACGGCCUGUCUCCCGAGUCUUGCUUCAUCAUGCAGAACCCCAAGAGGUUCUGGAUGACGUACUACGUCACCGACGCAGGGGCACAUUUCUCCGUCAUCACUGGGAAGGAAGAGGUGAUUGCUUGGGCCGACUGCCUGCAACGCGCUUCGUUGGUGAUGAAGGCGCUGAUAGACGCGGCAUGA